GAGCGGCAGCGCCGGGGCGCGGAGUCCCAGCGGCGGCCGCAGCCCUCCGGCACGGCCCCGGGCCCAUCCCGGGAGCCGCCGCUAGGUGGGGGGGGGAGCCCGGCCCCGGCCGCCCCGGCCGCACAACAAUGACUUUGGGCAGCAGCGGCGGCGGCGGCUGCGGGAUCAUGUCCGAGCGCUCCCCGGAGGAAGAGCCGCUCUCCGAGGUGGAGGACGCGGAUAUCGACGUGGUGGGCCCGCCCCAGGAUGGGGGCAAGUACAGCGAGGAGGAGGAGGACGAGGACGAGGAGGAGGAGGACGAGGAGGACGGCGGCGAUCCGCUGGGGCUGGCGCUGCCGCGGAGCGGGGCCGCCAAGGCGCGCAUGGGGGGGUCCCCGGAGCGGCUGUCCCCCGCCGGCGGCUCGGAGCCGGCCUGCGCCCGCGGCGCCGCGCCCGGGGAGAAGGCGCCCGCGGGCGGCGGCGGCGGCGGCGGCGCGGGGGGGAAGAACCCGCUGGUGAAGCCGCCCUACUCCUACAUCGCCCUCAUCACCAUGGCCAUCCUGCAGAGCCCCAAGAAGCGGCUGACGCUGAGCGAGAUCUGCGAGUUCAUCAGCGGGCGCUUCCCGUACUACCGGGAGAAGUUCCCCGCCUGGCAGAACAGCAUCCGCCACAACCUCUCCCUCAACGACUGCUUCGUCAAGAUUCCCCGGGAGCCCGGCAACCCGGGCAAGGGCAACUACUGGACGCUGGACCCCGAGUCCGCCGACAUGUUCGACAACGGGAGCUUCCUGCGCCGGAGGAAGCGCUUCAAGCGGCAGCAGCAGCUGCACCCGCCGCACCCCGAGCUGCUGCUGCGGGCCGGGGCCGCCGACCCCGCCGCCUUCCUGCCCGGCUUCGCCUACGGACCCUACGGCUACAACUACGGCCUGCAGCUCCAGGGUUACCCCCACCACCACCACCACCAUCCCGGUGGCGGAGGCGGCGGCGCCGCGGGCGCCUUCCCCUUCCCGGCGCCGCACUGCCCGUUACCGGCUCCGCCGCCUCCCGCCGCCGCCUCCGUCUUCUCCGCCGCCUCGGGGCUGCCCUCCUUCCUGGGCGGCGAGCUGAACUGCAGGAAGUCCUUCUACCACCCCCAGCUGAGCCCCACCGCCCUGCCCGCCGCCCUCCUCCAGACCCUCAAGCCGGACCCCUCGGCCGCCGGCGGCGGCGGCAGCGGCGGCACCAACCACCCCUCCCGGCCCUCUUUUUCCAUAGACAACAUCAUCGGGGGGGCCGUGCCCCCGCCGCCCAGCACCAACCCCAGCGUCGCGCCCGCCGCGCCCUACCCCGCCGGCCAGGCGGGCCCCCCGGCGCAGGUCCUGGCCGUGCUCAGCCCCGCCUUGGCCCCGGCACAGCCCCAGGUCAGCCUGGCACACGAGCCGCUCCUCCAGCCGGCCCAGAACUUUUCCAGUAAAAUCACAACCCUCAGCAGCUGUCAUUUUUAAAGUGUGCUGGGGAAGGGGAGGGGGAUGGGGGGGAGAGUCGCGAAGCAAACGGCCCCUUUCCAGCUCUCCCCCACUCCUCCGAAACUGCUCCCCUUCCCUCUCCCCGUGUCCCCCCCCAUCUCCUCCUGUUGUGUUUUAAGGCAUAGCAGUUGAGAGAUGCUGCUGAAGAGACAUUCCUUUAUUUUCUGAUGAUCCUCCAAAGCUGCCUGUGCU